AUGGCCCCCGUCCACGCAAAUACCGGACCCUACUUCACCGACCACCUGGUCCGGAGCGCCAGGGCCGCCGUCGUGGCCGCCGUCGUGGCCGCCGUCGUGGCCGCCGGCCCGCACGUUGCGGAGCUCGCCAGCCGGGACCUCGCCGUAACAAGCGACUCUCAAAAGGUCACGCUAGGCAUCAUCGCCCUCUACGUCGUCGUCAUCGCCAUCCUGUGGAACGUCCCCUAUGUCCGCUGGUCCUUGUGGCCCUUCAAGAUGCUGGUCAUCGCCUUCCACGAAUUCGGUCACGCCAUCACCGCCUGCUGCACCGGAGGCCGCGUUAAGUCUAUUUCGCUCGACCCGCGGGAGGGCGGUGUCACGCACAUGGUCGGCGGCAAGAGCGCCAUCACCCUGCCUGCCGGCUAUCUGGGCUCGUCGCUCAUCGGCGCACUGCUCAUCUUCUGCGGCUUCGACAUCGUCGCCAGCAAGAUCGCCAGUCUCAAAGACUGGCUGACCAUCUUGACCAUCCUCCUCGCCGUCGGGCUGCUGGUCGCUUGCUGGUUCAUCGUCCAUGCCGAGGCCUUGCGCUUUGUCGUCCUGUUCAUUGGUGUCAUGAGCUCGCUGUACAGCGUGUGGGAUAUCUGUGAUGAUCUCAUCCUCCGCAAAGUCAACAGCUCCGACGCCAGCAUCUUCGCCAAGCGAUACGGAGGUUCUUCUCAGUGCUGGGGCGUCAUCUGGUCCAUCAUUUCAGUUCUGUUCAUGGCUGCCGGCAUCGUCGCCGGUAUUGCAGCCUUUCCUCAGACCUUCGCCGAGCAGGAAGAUGACUCCAAUAAGCCGGUGACAGCGACGUUCCCCUCCGUCGAGGAGGUCGCCCAAAGCGAUGCUUUCCCAACUGCCAUGUGGCAACUGGAGCCACAUCAGAGCGGAUUCCUGCCCGUUGCCGCCGGCCGAGGCGGACCUUUCAACAUCAGCUGGGAAGUCCAUGGUGACGGCCCCAUAAGGCUCGUCUUUAUUAGUGGUAUGGGCGUCUUCAAGACCUCGUACCAGCGCCAGACCAUGCACUUUGGCCACACCCACAGCAGCAAGUACUCGGUGCUGAUCCUCGACAACCGCGGCGUCGGCAGCUCCGACAAGCCGCUGGCGCGGUACAGCACGUCGGCCAUGGCGUCCGAUCUCCUCGAGGUGUUGGCGCACCUCGGCUGGACCCAGGAGCGCCAGCUGCACGUCGUCGGGCUCAGCAUGGGCGGCAUGAUCGCGCAGGAGUUGGCCUAUGCCGUUCCCAACCGUAUCAGCAGCCUGAGUCUGAUCUGCACGGCUGCCGCCAUCGAAAACACCACCGGCUUCGUGGAGAAUAUGACGAAUCGCAUCAUCAUGCUACUGCCCAAGAGCCUCGACCGCACCGUCGCCUACGCAGCCGACGCCCUCUUUCCCGCCGACUGGCUCGCGCAGCCCGACAAAGCCAUCCUGCCCGACGCCUCGGUCCCGCGAUGCCGCGUCCCCGAGGGCGGGUACCGCAAGUUCGAGAGCAACUACGCGCGCUUCGCGGCGCAGGAGGUGGCCAAGCAGCGCGACCGCGACGGCUUCACCAAGGCCGGUUUCCUGAUGCAGGUCGUCGCCGCCGGCUGGCACCGCAAGACGGCCGAGCAGCUGGCCGAGCUCGGCGACAGGGUGGGCAGGGAGAGGAUCCUCGUCUUGCACGGCACCGAAGACAGAGUCAUCUCCACGCCGCAUGGCCGGAAGCUGAUCGACCAGCUGCGGCCCGGAAAGGGCCUUGUCGUCGACGGCAUGGGACACGCUCCUAUCAUGGAGCGGACGCAGUGGUUCAACGAGCUUAUCGCCGACAUGUGCGCGAAGGGAGAGGAAUUCGAUGGCUGUUAG